AUGGUCACCGCUGGUUGUACGAGUCAGCCUCCUAACUUCAGUCCAAAGCUGGUUAACUAUGUGCCUCAUCUCACUUCUGAGGAAAUGGAAGGGAAGAUCACUACUUCCACUUUUGCCCUACAGCAACCGCGUUGUGUUUUCAACAAGCUUGUCAAUGCAACUGAUGUUAUAUGGCUGGUUGUGGCUCUUAGUGACGCUAUAAAAAGUUUCAAAGCUCCCAAAACGCCUGAGGCCCUGCCUUACCAAUCUUUUCGCAAGAAUUAUUUUUACAUGACUUUGAACACCACCGUGUCAAACUACCCCUGUCCAGAAAAAAGCAAUGAUAUUACCAUCCUGCGUGUGGGGAGUGAAACCGAGUGCGUUGUGGAUCCUUCGCGGCCAGAUUGUAAUGGUCCCCUCGCAGGCCCUGGACCGUACAGGGUCAGGUUCCUGGCAAUGAAUUCAACAGGCGUCAUCAUAAAGGAAUCAAAAUGGUCUGAUCCCAUCAGAUUGAUUCAAGGGAGAAAUCCUGACAGAAUUGUUGUCAAGCCCAGACGGCGGAGAACUGAGACAAACGUCAUUAUCUCCAUCCUCUCCAUCCUCUCUGCCAUUCUCCUGGCUGCUCUCAUUGCCGCCUUCAUCUAUAAAUAUUCCAGCAUUUGUGACAAACCGAUGUCUGCCGAUUUUGUGCCAAGGGAGGACCCAACCGUCGUACGCUACAUCGUUCAUUAAGGACAUGAUCCGUUGUCCAACAACUUCUGAGCUCCUACGUUGCUGAGGAUCAGACAACAGUGGGACAGCAGGAUCACUAACAUAUUCUACAGACACGGCUGAAGAAUCUUUGGAAAGAAACACCAGUAUGUGCUACAAUCCAAACAAAUGAUGAAACAUGGGUCAUGAUGUCAGAACGUAAAUCCUAGCUAUAAAGGCAAGACAAGAUGGGAUCCACCUCCAAUUCCCAUUACAGCUUAAUGUUAUAUUUAUUCUGAUGUAAAAAAAAACUUGAAGGGAUUUGUAAUAGGGUUUCUCUGUUUUAAAUCAUUUGUUUUUGUAAAGCAAAAUUAUGAAUAUUAUUAAGCGUAAAUUUAUAUUCUUUCACA